AUGGGUCUUCGUCUACGUAUUCGUCUCCCUCACAAGAGCUCUCCUCGUACACCUUCACAUCUCCUUCUAUGCGUUCUUGCUCUCUGCUUCUUCUCCUUCACCGCUGUUAUUCUCUACAAGGUUGACGACUUUGUAGCUCAGACAAAGACUCUCGCCGGACACAACUUGGAACCAACACCGUGGCACAUCUUCCCACGCAAAUCUUUCACCGAAGCCACGACUUACCGAAUCCUCCAAUGCUCCUACUUCUCUUGUCCGCACAACUCCGCCCCCGAACCAAAUACCCUCUCCUCGGAUUCCGGGUCGGGUCAUCGAACCCACCAUCAACCGCAAUGCCCCGACGUUUUCAGGUGGAUUCACCGAGACUUGGAGCCGUGGCUAAAGACAGGGGUGACUAAAGAGCACGUGGAGAAGGCCAAAGCCAACGCUGCGUUCAGAGUGGUGAUACUAUCGGGGAAGCUGUACGUGGAUCUCUACUACGCUUGCGUGCAGAGCAGGAUGAUGUUCACCGUUUGGGGGAUUCUGCAGCUGCUCAGCAAGUAUCCGGGUAUGGUUCCUGAUGUCGACAUGAUGUUUGAUUGCAUGGACAAACCCAUCAUCAACAGGACGGAGCAUCAGUCCUUCCCAGCCCCGCUUUUUCGAUAUUGUACUAAUGAAGCUCAUUUGGACAUUCCUUUUCCUGAUUGGUCUUUCUGGGGAUGGUCGGAGACAAAUCUAAGGCCGUGGGAAGAAGAGUUUAGGGAUAUAAAGAAAGGGUCUAAGAGAAGUAGCUGGGAUAGCAAGCAACCUAGAGCUUACUGGAAAGGGAAUCCUGAUGUUGUGUCGCCUAUAAGAAUGGAGUUGAUGAAAUGCAACCAUUCUAGGUUAUGGGGAGCACAGAUUAUGCGCCAGAACUGGGCAGAAGAGGCAAAAGGUGGGUUUGAACAGUCUAAGCUCUCCAACCAAUGCAAUCACCGGUACAAAAUAUAUGCAGAGGGUUACGCGUGGUCAGUAUCUCUAAAGUAUAUCAUGUCAUGCGGUUCCAUGACACUCAUAAUCUCACCAGAGUAUGAAGAUUUCUUCAGCAGAGGCCUCCUCCCCAAGGAAAACUACUGGCCUGUCUCUCCCACUGAUCUAUGUCCGUCCAUCAAAUUCGCGGUGGACUGGGGCAAUGCCAACCCCUCUGAUGCUGAAACAAUAGGAAAAAGAGGACAGGGCUAUAUGGAAAGCAUUAGCAUGAACCGGGUGUAUGACUACAUGUUUCAUCUCAUCAACGAGUACUCUAAGCUUCAGAGGUUCAAACCGGGGAAGCCGCCAUCGGCUAAAGAGGUCUGUGCAGGAUCAUUGCUUUGCUUCGCAGAGCAAAAAGAGCGGGAUCUGCUAGAAAGAUCCAGAGCUGUACCUUCUAUGGACCGACCAUGUAAACUUCCAGGUGCAGAUAGGGAUAGGCUCGAGAGGUUGAUCCAACGGAAGAAGCAAACAAUCGAAGAUGUUAGAAACAUGGAGAUGACAAGAACAGAGAGGGGUUCCAGAUAAAUUGUGUUUUCAGGAACAUAAGUUUUGUGUAACCCUUUUUUUCCUCGUGUUCAUCAUCAUCAGCUGUAGCACGAGAUGAUACUUGAUUAAGACUUGGUUUAUAGAAUAAAGAAACCAUAAUCUUACAGGUA